AUGUUCCAAAAAACGUUACAGUCAUGUGAGAAGCUGCAAGAUGCUUUAAUAGGAAUUCGCACUUUCGUUUGGUGGGAUAUUGAACGGAUAUUGAAGUUCCGCGACAACCUGAGGAUUCUUGUUACUACCGUUUUGCAGAAUCUGUUAUCUACAUACAACAUGUCUAGGGAUCUCUCGCUGCCAUUCCUCUCGGAAACGUUUUUUGGUGCACAUCUUAGGACAGAGAUAGAUGCUACGAGAUCUUUGUCAGCCGAGGAUGGGUUUUAUCAACGUUAUGAGUUCCAAUCGAUACUAUACUUGAAGAAAUUGGCCUCUACAAACCUCACCCUAAUUUAUGUAGCAUCAAGCAACGAAACCGAAGCCGCGCAGUUUACGCGAGACGCAGCUGCAUACAGUGUUACUACGAAAUUGAUGCUACUCAAUGCUGAAGAUAGGGAACUAUUGAGCAAUUUAUCAUGGGGUCAACAAGCGGUAGUCGGUUUUCUCGUUUUGACAAAAAGCUCGAAGUUCGUCGGAAUAGGCCAUUCGAGUUUUACGUGGAACAAUGCGUUACAGAGACAUCGGUUCUUGGACAAGAAGAAAGACUAUUUGAAUAGACCGGAGUUGUUAAGUGAUGAGUUGAAUACGGUGUUUGAGGAGCCGGGUGUGCAUCCGGAAUACACAACCUAUUUGUGGCCUUGA